GGUGGGGAAAGGCUAGUGCAGAGUAGGAUGGGCUUCAACCAAGGCUCCCUCUGGCUUCUUCUCACGAUGGUAAUUUGACACUUGCAUCUCUAGGACAGCAACAACAAAAAAGCUGGGGCUGGACAGCAGCUGGCUGUCAGCAGCAGGACCUGGUGCUGAGGAGAGGUGUCCAGGGGAGCAGCAGCAGGACAAGAAAGCAGCGUACACAAAGAAAAAGUACAAGGUGGUGGCCAAGGGCCCAGGAAGGCACAAGAAGCUCUGCACUGGGACACCCCUUCUUGGCCCCCCAAUACCUCUAUUUCCAGCACUAGAGCUCUGGCAGGAAGGCACACAGCAUGGCAGCCGAAGACUUUGUACAGGAGAUGCACUCUGUGGGUGAAAGGUUGCUGAUGAAGCUUCAAGGGCUGUCACAGGCUGAGCCUGUGGAGCUUGUGGCCUUCUCCAUCAUCAUCCUUUUUGCAGCUACUGUUCUGUUGCUGUUGCUGAUAGCAUGUAGCUGCUGCUGUGUGCACUGCUGCUGCCCUGAGCAGAGAGGCAGAAAGGUCCAGGUGCGGCCCAUGACCUCGCCCUGAGGGACAGUGGAGAAACCAGAAGAGAAGCUGGAGAAACUGCCAGAGCCAUGACACAGGCUGUCAGCCUGAAUUUUGGAAAAGGACAUCCUGGCUUCAGCUCUGGUCCUGUCCAGGUGCCGGAACACUGAUGCAUGAAGCCUUAUCAAGAAAACAAGGGCUGGUACAGGCACAAAACCUUAACUGCCAGGGGACACUGGAUGCUGAGGACAAGCUGACUGUUUGAGAAUCAGUAAGUCACCUGAACUUUUUAACAAACCAAAGACACAUGGGUCUUCAUUCUUUGAUGUGGAACAGCCCACAUGCGUGGGCAGCUAGUCCUGCUGAUCUAUGCCAGCGAGGACUGAGUCAAUCAGAGCAAUUUUGUGCAACAGCUACAGAAUCCCAGGCUCCCUCACUGGAGGAACAUGUUAGUAUUCUAACCCACUAUUUUCCUGUUUAUUUCCAAGUAAAAGCUUUUUAGUUACGUU